AUGAGCCUCGCUGAAAUUUAUGACCUGUACAAGGACAUGCAUUGCGACCAUGCUGAGUUGUCAUCCUGGAGCUCUUUUUCCAGGGCAUGGAAAGACUGGCAGCAAAUCAUUGCCAUUCGCCCUGCUCAAGUUCAUGCUCGCUGUGAUGACUGCGCCAAAUACGCAAAGUACCGGCAGCUGCAUUGCGACAAUGAAGCUGAUUUGAAGGCUGUGACGAACGCCUACAACAAGCACAUCAAGGAAGUCUUUGCCGACAGGCAUGUCAUGACUCUGUUGGAAAACAAAGUCGAGCAAAGCAUGAAGCAGGGAGAGCAAGAACUACCGCAUUUGGUUUUGGUGAUUGAUGGGAUGGACAAGAGCAAGUGGUUAUUACCAAAACUCGUUGAGAACACCAAGAGAAUGUCCAUGCUUUGGCGGCCAUCUUUGCAUCUUGUUGGCGUGAUGAUCCCUGGAGUUCUGGAAUUCAUGGCGAUUCUUGAGCCAGAUGUGAAGGGCGAUUCAGAUUGUCAACAGACAUUGAUCUGCAGAGCUAUUCAACUUGCAGAGGAGCAACUUUUGCGCAGCGGUCGGUCUUUGCCAGGAAGACUUGUCAUUCAGUUUGACAAUACGAGCAAAGAGGGUAGAAACAGUCAGAUGCUCCUUUGGUCAUCGAUGAUGAUCAAAAUGAAAAGGUUCACAGACAUCGCAUUUGGACUGAUGCGUGUAGGACACACGCACAACCGCUUGGAUCAGCGGUUCGGUGUGAUUUCCGCCCUUCUUCGUCGUGCGUCUUGCUUGGAAACGGCUGAGGACUAUCAAGCCUACAUCCUUGAGCAUUACAAGCCUGCUCGAGGUCUGCCAUUGAUCUGUGAGGUCAUCACGGCGUGCCAUUGUUGGCGGGAUCUCAUGGGCCCCUUGGAGACGGCCUUCACUGGAAUCACAGGAAGCAAGACUACUGCAGACGCAGCCCAUGUGAUGCGAGUGGUCCCCAGGAAGGAUGUUGCUCAUUGCGUGCCAGGGUGUGUUGCUGAAGAGGGCGAUGAUUUCGAUCCUGUUUUGUUGGCCAAGCGCUGGUUGUGUUCAAAGGUGUUGUCACAGCCACCGACUGUGCAGUUAGAAGGUAAAGCGAAGGUAGAUUUGUCUUUGCUUCGCACCAUGCCGGCCCCGCGCGCAUGGCUCACAGAUGAGUCGCUCAAGAAGUAUGCGAAGACAGCAGAGGAGGUGUUGCAAAAGCCUUGGCAGUUGCAUGCAGCUUUCUCUUACUUUCAGGAUUGGUUGCGCAGAAACGGAGAACAGAUACCUGGUAAGCUCCCUGACAUCGAAUGCAUCAUCAAUGGCAGGGACUUUUUGGAGCCUACCGGUCCUGAGGUGACUGCAACUUGGAAAGACUUUGCUCCAGAAGGAGCGCUGGCCAUUCGAGAAGUGCGUGCAAGACCCAAGACUUAUGGCCCGAAGAGACCGCCCAAGACCGAUGAUGCCGAUGAGGUGCCAGCACAGCCCCAGCAUGAGCCGGAGAUUGAGGAGACAGCGAAUGACCAGCCUCCAACCAAAAGGGCGAGAACUCAGCAGAAUGUUUUGAUCUUUGGCAACAUCCGCUUGACCCCCAAGAUGAAGGAUGGUAAACCUUUGGCCUGGCAAGUAACUUGCCCCAAGCAUCCGCAGUGCAACAGAGCAAGAAACGUCGCAGCUUGCACUUCCGAGGACCAAUGCUUUUGCAUGCUCAUGACCUGGGCCUUGCUAGCAGACGAGUGUGAAGACAAGCAGAGUCACAAAGAGAAAUGGGGUGAGGUUGAGACAAAGGCGACCAACGGAGAGUUGGAAUCGAGGGUUGAUUUGGAAGAGGCCUGCCGCCACUACGAAGGCUAG